CUCUCCCCUCUCCUCUCUCCUGUGCUCUCUCAGUCAAGCCUGCUCUGUGAGCACUUAGAUGGAAUAGCAGCAUUUUUCUUCUUUGGUGUCACUGGAGGAAACUGGAAACAAGGUGUCAUAAGGGGGAUACAUAAGAUCCAGAUCUGGUUUGGUACCUGGCUUUGUUCAAGUGGAACCAGCCCUGGAGGAAGCUCCUAAAAGGCAGUGCUGACUGGUCGGGGUUCCUGAGUGGUGCAGUCAUGGGCAGGCCGGAGGGGUUGGCCAGGCCACCUCUGGUGUCAGCAAUGGCGCUUUCCCUCCUGGCUCUCUCUCUCCUUUCCACCGGGGUCUCCAGCCUCCCACAGCCCCUGCCAAGAGUCUUCCUUCCCUUUGAGGACCUGCAGGCCUCCCAGUCCUUUGAACACUACAGUAUAUCAGACAAGGCCAUGGACUACAGGAUCCUGCAGAUGGAUGAGGACCAGGACAGGAUGUAUGUGGGCUGCAAAGACCAUGUCCUCUCCAUGGACAUCAACAACAUCACUCAUGGCACGCUUAAGGUGUUUUGGCCUGCGUCUCCAAGCAAGAUAGAGGAAUGCCAAAUGGCAGGAAAGGACCCUACACACGGCUGUGGGAACUUCAUCCGCGUGGUGCAGCCUUACAACAGAACUCAUCUGUUCAUGUGCGGCAGCGGAGCGUACAGCCCCGUCUGUGUGUACAUCAAUAGGGGCCGCAGACCAGAGGAACAAGUAUUUCACAUUGACUCCCGGACCGAAUCUGGAAAAGGGAGGUGCUCCUUCAACCCUCAAGUGAAUACAGUCUCCGUCAUGCUCAACCAGGAGCUGUUCUCAGGCAUGUACAUUGACUUCAUGGGGACAGAUGCUGCCAUCUUCAGGAGCCUGACCAAGAGAAAUGCAGUGCGGACAGACCAGCACAACUCUAAGUGGCUUAGUGAGCCAAUCUUCAUUGAUGCCCACCUGAUACCAGAUGGAACAGACCCCAAUGAUUCCAAAUUGUAUUUUUUCUUCCGCGAGAGGCUAACAGAUAACAGCGGAAAUACUAAAAAUAUCCACACUAUGGUGGCCAGAGUGUGCCCAAACGACAUUGGAGGGCAGCGGAGCCUGGUGAACAAAUGGACCACCUUCCUUAAGGCCAGGAUGGUGUGUUCGGUUCUGGAGGAAGAUGGCACCGAAACGCACUUUGAUGAACUGGAAAGUAUGUUUUUGCUGGAAACUGAUCAGCCCAAGGGCCUGUUGGUGUUUGGAGUCUUCACAUCCACAAGCUCCGUGUUUAAAGGCUCAGCAGUGUGCGUGUACAACAUGGCCGACAUCCUCACCGUCUUCAACGGGCCCUUCGCUCACAGAGAGGGGCCCAACUUUCAGUGGGUGGCCUUCCAGGGGCGCAUUCCUUAUCCAAGACCAGGAACUUGUCCCGGCGGAGCUUUCACACCUGACAUCCAGUCAACAAAGGAGUUCCCAGACGACGUGGUGACCUUCGUACGGAACCAUCCAGUCAUGUUCAACCCCAUCUACCCAGUGGGGAGGAGACCUCUAGUGGUUCGGACCAAUGCUGACUACAAAUACACAUCAGUGGCAGUGGACCAGGUCAUGGCUGCUGACGGCAACUACCAAGUGCUCUUCCUGGGCACAGACAAAGGCACAGUACAGAAGGUGAUUGUCCUGCCCACCAAUCAGUCCCUGCAUGAAGAUCUGAUCCUGGAGGAGAUGGAAGUGUUUAAGAAUCAAGCUCCUGUUACAAACUUGAGAAUAUCCUCCAAAAAACAACAGCUGUACGUCAGCUCGGAGUUCGGGGUCUCGCAGGUCUCCCUGCACCGUUGUCACGCUUACGGCUCGGCUUGCGCUGACUGCUGCCUCGCCAGAGACCCCUACUGCGCAUGGGACGGACUCAGCUGCUCUCGCUUUUAUCCCACAGGCAAAAGGAGAAGCAGAAGGCAGGACAUUAUGCAUGGAAAUCCACUCACUCAAUGCAGAGGAUUCAAUCUUAAAGCCUACAGAAACGCAGUGGAGAUGACGCAAUACGGCGUGAAAAACAACACCACCUUCCUGGAGUGUCUUCCCAAGUCUCCCCAGGCCUCCAUUCGCUGGCUUAUUCAGAGGGACAAUGACAGGAGGAAAGAGGUGAAGCUGAGUGACCGCGUCCUCUCCACGGAGCACGGCCUCCUCAUCCGCUCCGUCCAGCUGUCCGACCAGGGCCUUUACUACUGCCUGACCACCGAGAACAGCUUCAAACGCACCGUCGCCAAGAUCCGCCUGCGAGUGCUGAGCGAGGCCAUGGUGAGCAUGCUGACGGACAAGCAGCAGUCGCCGUGGGCCUGGGCCAGCUCGCUGCACCCCAAGGUCCUAUUGGCAGCCUUCAGUCCGGCGGAGAGCCUGGCCGUGCAGCAGUACUGCAAAGAGAGGAAGGAGCUCCAGAACCUCCAGCAGAGGCAGCAGCAGCCUCCGCCGCCUGGACCUCUCAGGGGCGACAUGGCCAAACUGAAGCCCCUGCUGGACCGCAGGAAGAGCCGCAACCGCCGCAAUCACCUCCCAGAGGUCUGACACAAGGGGAGCUGGCUGCUGCAGAGACUGACACGCACGCCUUCCUCUGUUUCUAUAUCCAGAUCCUCAUUUUCCAACUCUCAUCUCAAACUGCAGAGCUGCACUGUGGACGUACAGUAAAACGAGGAGGUGGGUGCGGGGAGUUGUUAUUCGGCAAUAUCUCUUUUUUUUGUUUUUUUCUUGCAUGAGGCACUGUGACCAGAUGGCUGUGACAUACACUAACGCACACUCACAGGCACCCACAAGCCAUUCAUCACAAACUGAAGUGGCCCUGUUGCGAGUGCCACUAAUAAACUGUGGUCUCCGCUGAUAUUGCUUAUGAUAAUACACCAUGAGAUGCAGCUCUGAUCUUAUCAUACUUUAGAUAUUAGAGGGGAAAUUGGACCGUCCGGAUAUUAGCUCACAGUGGAUUUGUUCACUAAAAGAGGAGUUAAUUUGAACUCAAGAUAGUAAAUAAAGGAGAUUGAAAAGGGACAAAAGGGAGACAGAUGCAUGUUUGACAGUGAGUGCCCUCUGGAAGUAUUAUACUAAUCUUUCAUUAGAUUCUACUCACAUUUCUGUGUUUACUUUAAACUAACAAAAUUGUCUGCUCAGUGGGAUGACAUGUAGGGUAAUAAAAAGUCCACUUGUGUGGAAAAAAAUAACUUUUUCAUCUCACAGGUUGACAGCCAUACUGUCUACUGUUCAUACAAAGUGCAGAUGGCAAGUGGUCCCAAUAAGUGUUAUAUUACAGUGCUGUCAGCAAAUGUAUUAGUUCAAAGGCCAAACUUGACAUCCAGUGCUGAUGUUACCCAAACAGAAAUAGUAUUAAAAGACUGAGUAGAAUAUGAAAGUCUGUGUGUGAGCUGUUGCAAACAUCUUACAUGAUCUCUCCUGUAUUUAUUCCUAUUACUCAGACAUACAUGUAAGAGACUGUUAAUUCGGCUGCAUAUUGUAUCAUACUUGUUUGUAGCACAGACGCAUGUUUAUGAGUAACGUAGUGGUCUCUUAAUCCUUUGAGUAACCAAACCUGCAGAUAAGCAGAUUUUUUUUGGUUAGUGUAAACCUGGAAAGUUUACAUCAUAAGGUACAGUAGAUGCUGAAACAUGACAAUAUCCUUCUUUGGAUCCACAUUUUCCACGUCAUCUAUAGCAAACUGGACGUACUUUUAAAGGACCAGUGUGUAAGAUUUAGUGGUAUCUGGCUGUGAAGUUGUAGACUACAGACUGAUGACCUGGGAAUGAGAGGCUGUGAAGUGUGUAGGAGGAACUACAAUGGCCGCAAAACUAAAAAAAAA